AUGGCGAAUGUUGACGUCUCCAUGUCCAUGGGGGACAUGAUGGUGGUGAAGACUGUGGAGAGAGAGGAAGUUGGAGAGCCGGACGACAGCGGCAAGACGCAGGUCAUCCUCGAGCUUCAGCCAAUCACAGCCGGGACUGAGGAUGAAACAGGCGAGGCAGAUACGACAGUGAUUGACGUGGAGACUCCGGAGGAAGUCCAUGCCGAGGGAGAAGAUGUCGAGAUAGGCUAUCCCAUUACGUGUGGGGAGAGCAAAGCCAUCCUUCUGUUCAAGAAAUUCGUUUGCCCGGGAAUCAACGUCAAAUGCGUGAAGUAUGAGGAUCAGCUGAUCAGUCCAAAACAGUUUGUGCACAUGUCUGGAAAGGCCACCCUGAAGGACUGGAAAAGGGCCAUCAGGAUGGGUGGGGUCAUGCUCAGGAAAAUGAUGGACUCAGGUCAGUUAGACUUCUACCAGCACAGCAGCCUGUGCACCAACACCUGCCGCAGCACCAAGUUUGACCUGCUAAUAAACAACACACGCUUCCCCCCGGAUGGCACCGGCCUCACUGCCACCACUCCCACCUCUUCACAAGGACAGGUUGUCAUAGGCAACGGAGGUCCAGUUACCGUGGUAGAGGAUAAGCCUGAGGAGGUGACAGGGAUGUCAGAGUGGAGCUCUGUUACCGUGUCAACCGUGGAGAAGAAGGUGGGACAGGAGAUUUCAGAGGAGACGCUGAAUUUUUGGAAGGGUAUAGCGGAUGUGGGGCUGUUGGGGGAGGUGGUGUCAAAUAUUCGGACGGAGCUGUUGGAGAUGCUGAGGGGGGUUCAGCACCGUUCUGAUCAGGCCAGUUUACAGGAUGCAGAGGUGGCGGUGCUGAGUAACUUGGCACAGGUGUUUGGACUGCUGGACUCGGUCAAACGGGUACUGACAGAACGACGCAAACAGACCGACCCGGGAGAGGAACAGGUCCUCAGCAGGCUGACCAGUUUGGAGCAGCAGCUAGAGGCGCAGCGGAAGCAGCAGGCUCGUCACUGGCUCUCUCAGGCCCAAUCCGCCAACACCGUCACCCUUCCCACGCCUCCGCCCGCCAAACGCUCGGCCAAACGUCCGCGUCUCCAGCGCCCCGCCUCCACCACCCUCCUGAGUGCCCCGGGGGCGACGGCAGCGGCCGCUCAGCCGCUGACCCUGACCCCUCAGCAGUUCACCAUGCUGUCUCCCAUCACCCUCACUUCCGUGGGCCAGCCCUUCGCUGUCGCCGGCCUGGCUCCGCCCUCCAACACCGUCACGCUCCACACCUUACCCGCUGGCUCGCAGCUCUUCACGCGCCUGACCGCCGCUUCCACCGCUAUGGACGCCAAGGGGGAGACCAUCACCCUCCACCCUGCCUCGGGACUCACUUUGCUGGGCACUGCCACGGUGCAGGACCCCGGUCAGCUCGGCACGGUGGUUAGCCCCAUGGAGCUGGUCCAGCUGACCCAGGGCUCGGCUGCUGCCGUGGCCCAGGAUGGGGAAGUGGUGGCCGGGACGGUGCUGGUGCAAGAGGGGGUGGUGGACGUGGAGGGCACGGAAGACGAGAACCAGGCGCACACCACCACGGUUAUAGAGAUCGACCCCGCGCCAGGGGAGCAGAACAUGGGGUUGAUGGAGCUCCAGUUGGCUGGAGAACCCACAGGGGGAGUGGAAGGGGGGGAGGAGACCACGACAGUGAUGCUUCAGGGACAGGUGGAGGACUCAGAGGAGGUGCAUCUAGCGGCUAACGAGCAGCUGCACCACCUACAGAUCAUGGUGGUGGAGGAGUCGUCGCCGGGAGAGAACAAUGCCAAAUGAGAAAUACACACACACACACACACAGAGUCAGAGUGUGGAACUGAGAGGUGAUGUGUGUUGAAUGUGGAGUGCGUCGGAACUCACAGAUGCCCCACGGAAUCGUCCGCGCCUGGAUGAACG